AUGUCCACUUCGAUAGCUGCCAUCUCGCAAUACCCAGUCAGUCUGUACUUCCUGGAGUGGACGGAUGUGUUCAAGCCAGUGAAGUCGGGCUUUACCUGCCAUGACCGGAGUCUGAGUCUGCCCUACAUUGACCCCAACCAUGAGGUCAUCCCCCUGCUGAUGCUGCUCAGUUUGGCCUUCGCCGGACCCGCCAUCACGAUUAUGAUUGGAGAGGCCAUCCUGUUCUGCUGUCUGUCUCGGAGGAAGAGUGGUGCAGCGACAGAGGCCAACAUCAACGCUGCUGGAUGCAACUUCAACUCUUUCAUACGCAGAGCUGUCCGAUUUGUUGGUGUCCAUGCAUUUGGUCUUUGUGCCACGGCCCUCAUCACUGACAUCCUCCAACUGAUGACAGGCUACCCAACACCCUACUUCCUAACUGUGUGUAAACCCAAUUACACCACGCUGAACAUCAGCUGUGAACAGAAUCCCUAUGUCAUGGAGGAUAUCUGCUCAGGGGCUGACCCCACAGCCAUCAACCAGGGCAGAAAAUCCUUCCCGUCGCAGCACGCUACCCUUGCAUCCUUUGCCGCCGUUUAUGUGUCGAUGUACUUCAACAGCACUUUGACAGACUCAUCCAAGCUGCUCAAGCCCCUUUUGGUCUUCUCCUUCAUCAUCUGUGCCAUCAUCUGUGGUCUGACAAGGAUUAUUCAGUAUAAGAACCACGCUAUUGACGUCUACCUGGGCUUCCUGCUUGGAGGAGCUAUUGCUGUUUACCUGGGGUUGUAUGCAGUUGGAAAUUUUCAGCCUAGUGAGGAGGCCAGCAACAGUCCACCCCCACAGCUGCACCGACCUCCCUGCUCUUUGCCCCACAUAAGCCAGGAGGCGGUCCUCCACCACUUGCAAAUGAAAGCCAGCAUGGUUGGAGAGCAAGGCAUACCCACCUCCCACUCUGAGGGUCUCCUCCACCGAGGUCUUCAGCAACAGAGGCCUGAUGACAACCUUAAGCGUUCCAGUGCAGAUGUGGAAGUGAUCUCCCCCCAUAGCUCUCACAACAAAGAUGCCCUGGUGACCUUUAGCCACACCCUUCCACGAGUGCACACCCCCCAGGCCAUGGCAGCGUAUGAGGAAGCAGCCAGGCGUCAUGCAUCCACCCUCCACCAUGCCUCAAUGGACUCUAGCCGCUCAAAGCAGCUUCUAUCUCAAUGGAAAAGUAAGAACAACAACUACAAAUGCUCCUUGCAGGUGCCGGACUCCUUCUCGUCCUCUGUAGAUUCAUCAUCUGGUCAGUCCUCCCUGCAUCCACACCACCACGGCAGCAUGGAACUCCGAUCCAGCUCUGAGCCAUUGGCUAUGGGGCUGAAUGGAGGCUUUGAUAGUCAUGCAUACUUAUCCAAACUGGCCAGUGGUACUAGUACCACACUACCUAGUAACUGUAGUGGGAUCACCGGAGGGGCCAGGAUAGCCAUGCAAUCUAGACCUGGUUCUUCACAGCUGGUCCACAUACCAGAGGAAGCUCAUGAGAAUUACAACACCUCCUCCCUGAGAACACUGGGAGCUGGAGGAAAUGAGGGGAUGUCAACAGCAAAUAGCACAGUUCAGGCUAACUGGCAAAGGGCAGCAGAGAAGACAACAGCCUGUAGGACUAAUGAUAAUGGACAGAAUAUGCAGCCACGAAUCAUGCAAGUUAUUGCUAUGUCCAAGCAGCAGGGCCUACUACAGACCCAUUCCAAGAGCUUAGAUGAGAGUAGCAUGGGCUGCCCUACCACUGGGAGUUGCCAGGGCUCUAGUCGCUACAGGGUGUUAAAUGAUCAAGCACCUACUAGCACCACAGGGCCAAGCUCACUUUGUAGUACCACAGGCAGCAUUGCAGGGAGUAAUGGAGCAAUUGUCAGAGUAGAGGCCCACCCUGAAAACCACAGACCCGUGAUCCAAGCUCCAGCCACAGAUGGAAGUGGAUCAUGGAGGUGGCGGUCCCUGGACCAUGGAACUGGAGCGAGUGGAUGUGCAGGGACAAAUGCAGCAGGAGGGGGAUCCGCAGGAGGAGGUGGGAGUUUGAAGCAGUCCUAUGAUCUCAAUGAUCUAAAUAGAGACUCAGAGAGCUCUGACUCGAUACGUGAAGGGUCCAUUGACAGGAAGCAUGCCAAUCACAUUGUUACUACCACUGCCACUGUUAGCACCCCACCCAUAGUUACUGUUCACACCCAGAACACUGGCCAGUCAGAGCAGAGGGUCCACCCCCAGGGUGUGUCUACGAUUAGGGUCACUCCAGGGGAUGGUAGUGGUUCUGGAUCUGGAGGAGGUGGUGGCGGAGGAGGUGGUGGAGAGACCGCAUCAGAUACCCUCUCAAUCACCUCCAGUCGAGAGUCCACGCUCCAGAGAAAAGGCAAUAAUAUGAUCCUGAUUCCAGAAAGAUCCGACAGCCCUGAUAAUGCCCGGAAUAUUUUCUACAAGGGAACGUCAAUAACUCCUGUUUUCAAGGACUAAUGCAUAAUCUGACUCAAAACUUCUAAGAAGAUGUAGCGAAUAAUGCAACACAGUUGAUUUUCAGAGAACCCAUAACUGUGACAACAGUAAACCUGCCAUUGUGCAUAACAUUAUAACUUCAAAAGAAAAAUGUUUUAUUCAGCAUGAGAUUUUUGUACAUGUUUACACUAAAGCACAACCUUUUAAGUGUUGUAGAAAUAAUCACUGUGUACUUUUGUGGUCACUCCCAAGGAAACCUAUUGUAGUGUCGAUGCUGUGCCAGUGCUUUGGAGAGAGGAGAACCUUUUUUAAACAGUUCUGUAUGUUUGGGAUAUAAAUCAUCCCUAACAAAAGAAAAAAGUGAGUUGCACAGUAACAUUUGGACUGUAGCAAACUACUGCAAAAUAAUUGUAUGAUAGCUGUGAAACCAGUGUUUACUUCCCCGGGUGCUACACCAGAAAACACUAUUUACUAUACAGCAUACUACAUAAUUUGAGUAGAUAAAGAAUGAUUUAUUUUACAAAGACUGAAGAACUAUGAUAUUAAUGUGUGACAGAGAUAUGUUUUGUAUUUUGUCUCUUUUCUGUACAGAUAUCACAUACUCAAUACUGUUUUGAACCAUAAGUGUGCUUAGCAUUCCUUCUGUAGCUAUGAAGUCAAAUAGGCUGUGACUUGCACUGAAAUACACGUUUACUGUACCUUGUAGACCGUAAACCCUGACCUUAUUUUUACGUCCUGUACUUAGAUUUGGAUGCACAUGCCAGCCUCAUAUCUACAGCACCAAAACAGCAAAUCACCGGAAUAUUCUUUACACUGUAAAGAUAAUUAGUAUAUUUCCAAAACAUAAUGCAAUACUUGCCUUUAAGUUUGCCAGGUUGACAGGUAUUAAUGUUCAUACUUUGUAGCUUUCAAUGGAACACUUACAAUUAGCAGAAUAUCCUUACUGCUGUCAAAUCUGCAGCCUUGUGCUAACAGUAUCAGUUACAAAUUUGUUCAAGGAUGUCCAGGGUACAAGUAUAAAUACAAUGUCUUUUUGCAUAGACAUGCUUAGGUGAAUGGCAGUUGGACUUCUCCCAAGGCUGGGUUGGCACACAAUUCUCCCAUUUACAUUACACAAGAUGACUGCUGUGAACUAAAUAUAUUAUUAUAUAAAAUAUAUUCUCUUAUUUAACAAAGGCACAUUUGAAAACCAAUGUACAACAAAGUAGGAGGGAAGAACUGGCUGCAUUUUGGUAAAAAGUAUCCUUUGAUUGAACUUAAAACUUGCGCCACUAACAACUAGUGGAUGCUAAAUAUUAUGACCUUAAAACAUAUAUAUACAAUCAAUCAAUUUCAGUUAAAUUUAGCUUUUAUGGUGCCUUGCCUUGUUCUCAAUUAAACAAUUAGUUGUUUUUAAAUUUGCCAAGCUAUGGUUUGUUCCUCUUACUGACUUCCUCUCCAAAGCAAUAGCAGCAAAGGCUCAUGCGUAUCCUCAUAUUUAGAGCCGUAUGCCAUAUCAAAUCAAGAAAGUUGAAAAAAUUAAUACUGAUGGUCAAAUGCACCUUUCUCAGAGUAUUUGGUAGCUUCCCCUUUUUGGAUGAGGAUUAAGAAGCAGAAUGCUCUGUCAAGCAAUGUGCUCAACAUAGUAACAAUCAAACUUGUUUUGUCGUAGCCUACCUUUAUAAGCGCUACAUGUAGCAUUUUUCAACAAGAAUAUACAAUAUUGCUGUCAAAUUGUUAUACCUCAGUAUGAUGGUCAUUAUCAAAUGAAAACCUAUUCACAUCUUUAGCAGGUGAUCUUUGCUAUGUUUAGCACUACUUUCACGAUCUGUCAUAUACAUUGGAAGAACAGCCCUUUUUCCCAGUUUUGUGCUGUGAAGUAGUUUCCUUUUGUGCGAUUAAGUAACCAGCAGAUUUUCUACCAAAUCUCACCCAGUGUAUCAAAUGUACAUUGUAUACAGAGUAGUGAAUAGUAAGCAAAUGCUUAAGGUGGACUGUUUCUCAGUUAAGGAAUUACAACAGUGGUUAUUUACAGUGGUUUACAUUAUAGCGCAUAUCAUGAAUCUGUAUCUCAGUGGUUAAAUAAGCACCCACUAAAUAUGUCCAGGAUUGGCACUUGUGAAAAUAUUAUGCCAGAGUUAUUAUAUAAGAACAUUUGCCAAAGCUAGAAAUUUUCAAAGAAAUAUAUUAUAAAUCAUCAGAUGGAAUUUUCAGUAUUUGUAUUGCAAGCCUGCAUAAUAUUGUACAUGCUUUAUUAGAUUUAUUAACAGUUGCAUGGUCACUUUUCUAUAGUGCAUAUCAUAGGGUUUUUAUCAUAAAUGUGCAUUUAUUUUGAAUUUACAUAAGUGUUUAACAGUAUGUACUUGAUUUAAAGUAUGUGAUUCAUAGUGAGAGUUAGAUGACAAUCUUUUCUAUCUAAGUACUGUUGCCCUUAGAGUCGUUACAACAGGCUGGUUUCCUUAUUCACCCACUCUGCAUCAUACUCAGUGGAAAUUUGUAUAUAUUCUAACAAACAUGUAAAAAAAGCAGAAGUUUUACUCAAAAGUUCUCAAAAGAAAAUAUCUAUUUUUAAAGUAACCCAGAUAGAUUGAAUAUUUUAAAUAUAGUUUUUUGUUUCACUUAAGUGGUUGUAUUUGUUUGUUAGCUGCACCACAGAAUAGUGUAUUGUGCCCACUUUAAUCCCAAUGAUUAGGUAGAGCUACACUAGUUUGACUGCUCUCAGAAUGUCAAAAUAAUGUUUGCAACACGAUCUCAUGAAAGUUCAAUAUUAGCACAAGUUAACUACGAUUGUGGCAGUUGUGACAGCAGACACGCUUGACAGCUUUGCCCAUAAUAGGUCUACACUGUUGUACUGAGGCGUAUUGAAGAGAGACAAUUUUCCAAACUGUAAUAAUUUGUAUUUGAAUCUUUACUUGCAAAACCCCAUAAGGUCACAGUCCUACGUGCAUGUGUUUACCAAGGCUCAGUAAAAAGUGAUAAGUAUCUUUAGAAUUAACACCCUCUCACAAAGGAUAUUUUCCAGUGUAAUGCUAGAAGGAUAACAGUAAACUGAAUUCAAUAUAAUACCUCAAAAGACGUUUUUUUCAUUUGGCUAUAUUUUUCUAACAAAUAAAUCCCAGGAUAAGACCAAAAUCAACAUUACAUUAGUCUUUCUACACUUCCUGGCUUCCUUACUCCUAAAAACAGCUCAGAGAUAUGUUCUAACAGCUGGUUUCUGUAAUUUGUAGUAACUGACACUCAAGCAGGAGAUAACAAUUCAUUUACUGGGGGAUCUUUUUUGGCUGAAUACUACAUGUGAUGCUAAAAGUAAUUAUUUCGAGCUGUAGGACAAAGUGUUUGUGAAAUUUAGUCAAAAGAAGCUCGUGUGUGUGUGUACAUGCUUAUUAAGAAACAUGUUACCUAUGCUACAUUUUGGCUUAAUGACAACAGUGGAGCUUUAUGACACAGAUGUAUAAUAUGUGGGCUUUUGAUUGACACACAGUCCUUUCUAAUAGGACAUUUGACUGUACUUGGGAUUUGAAGACAAGGCAACUGAACUUAAGUACAAGAGCUCAUUUUCAAUCCCAGGAUACAUACAUAACUAUUAUUUCAGAAUGCCAUUUCUUACCAGCCUUUUUACAAAAAACAUAUCAAGAAGGCUGUAUUUCUACCCUUAUAUACGAUACAUCAUAUAUGUUGAAACCAGCCUGUAUGACAUUACCUAAUCAUAGCCAUUAGCCCACUACACGAUUAACUUAGCCGUUGUGAGGGUGCAAAAUUCUAGUUUUAUUCUUUAGAUUAAAGCCUUAACAUUGCCCAUAAUUCCUUUCAUAUGACAUAAAAAUAACAGAAUUCCCCAAACCACUUUCCCCCCCAGAGUAACAUAUCUAAAAUAUAAAAUAUAUUGGAUAUAAAGAAAAAAAACAACAUGAAUAUUCUAUGGCAUUAUUUUAAAUGAUUUGUCUGAUUUCGAGUCUGUCCCAAAGGUCUGUGAAAUCAAAGAGUGUAAAAUCACACAUGGUUAGAUAUGUAGAUCCAGUGGGUAAAACUGUGAAUGGAUGCUCUCUGCAUGUGUAGCCUCUUUUGUUGUCCCUGGAUGAAUAAUAAAUGUUUUCUGAUACUGUGAUCAGCUGUGUGAAUUUUAUGCAGCAAGAAAAACCUAUAAAAUAGCAAUGUGUUGGUUUUCGGAAGACAGUUGAACCUAGAAUUCACACUAGUAUUCAGAGCACGUUUAUCGGGGUAGAUGACAGUGCAUUGUCUAAGUGAUUGGAAUAAACAUGCUAUUGAAACCA